AAAUUUAAAAAAAAAAUGCCUACUUUUACUAAAAUAUAUGAACAAAAAAUCUUCGUUUUCGUCGUGGAGACGAGGACUCUUAUGAGUCUCCUCUCGGUGGUAUAUUUACUGACGAGAGGUAGUGCACAAAAUACAUUCGCAAGAAGUAGACAACUAUCAUGAUAGAUACUGCAGUUCUGCUAGCAGCAGUUGUGCUGCCGAUUGUACUUGGUCAUGAGAACGUUAUCAUAGAUGACGACGAUGAGCCCCUCACUGCGAGCACUCAUGAGAAUUUUGCAAGCGAAAAGGUUGAGCAAUCAUUUUUUGGUCAGAUGCGAACUGAGAUGGGAAAGGCUAUAAGUGAACUGGACUUCUGGACUGUUUUCGGUUACACCUUUAUGGGCUCGGUAUUUUUCAUGUGCUAUGCAUACUACACAGAAUACGUUCAGACUGGUAAAAGUAUUACUGAUGAUGUUAGAGAGCUUAUGAAGGAGAACGCCGCGAAGGGAAAAACACCACUAGACCUGUUGACUGGUAGAACUAGUAACGCGAAUACAACUUCAAGCGAAUCAGGGUCUAGGAAGAAGAAAAUAUCAGCCAGGUCGAAAAUUGCAAAAAUGUCAGAUGAAGAGAAGAAGAAGUUUCGUGGAGAUUAAGACGGGGCAGAGUACACCUCCAUGAUUGAUUAUGGCGCCAACUUUCUGCGAGAUACACUUGAUUUUGGAGACACUGGUGCUAUAUGCUUAUACCGAGGGUAUGCUGAUCAUAUUAUUUGGCCAAGGACGAAAAUCGUUGACCAAUUAGUGCACGCUAAGAACAGUUCACAGGAUGGCGCUGGGUGAUUGAUGUCCAGUGACACUAGCGUGCGUUUUGCAACUUCUAUUGACACCCGUCAAAAGGCCGUCCACUAUAUGGAUAAUUAUCUCCUGUACACUUGUGGGUAUUUCAAGCCUUCCAGGGCUAACUCGAUAGGACGUCGUAGUCGACGAAGAAUUUGAAAUUUCGACCACGUUUGCUGACUAACUGUGGGCUCGAGUUAGCAGAAAAUUUCGGAGGUUCUUUUAUCAUCACAAGGAGCCGAGGAAACAAGUUUACCAGACGCGUAAAUAAAGCGAUCCAGGCAUAUGUAAUACCGAGUUUGGUAGCGUGCGGAUAAUAAAUAUUAGCGCUGUUUGAAAGCUACUCAAUUUAACUGUGGCACAGCUAUAUCAAGUUUCCAAUCAGCAGGCUAUACGUAGACCUUUAUCUGCGCAUCGUAGGGAAAAGCUAUUAAUAUAUGCGUUUGAACGUCCG